CCGCUGAUGGGCAAGAUUCGGGCCGAUCUGAAGACGGCGAUGCGGGCAAAGGAUACAGUGAGGCUCACUGUGCUGCGCGCUCUGAUCUCCGAGACGAACAACGCCGCCAAGACCUCCUCGCCCAUCCAGACCGACCUUCAGCUCCUCUCGUUGAUCCGGAAACGCACGGCGGCGUCACGAGAAGCCGGCGAGCAGUUUGCUGCAGCCGACAGAGCGGACCUCAAGGAGAAGGAGGAUGCGCAGGUCGCCGUGCUGGAGGAGUACGCGGGCCAGGUGGAGACGAUGGACGUGGCGGAGAUUGAGGCCAUCGUCGCGCAGCAGAUCGCCGCCCUGAAAGACACCGACAAGAAGGUCGAGGUUGGGGCCGUGUUGAAGGCGCUGUUUGCGCCGGGGGGUGCGUUGGAUGGGAAGCCAGCCGAGAGGGCAGUGGUGGCUCGCAUAGCCAAGGAGGGUGUGAAGAGCGUAUAAAAACCGUGCAGGG